UUAACAUUAUCCAUGUUGUCCGCUUAUUUGGUUAAGAAAUAAAAUUCCUCGUUUUUUAGCAAUUUGUAAGGAAAUUUGGAGUUUUUAAAGUUACUAUAAUGGGAGUUCCAGCAUUUUUUAGAUGGUUAAGUAAGAAAUAUGCAUGUGUCAUCGUUGAUUGUGUAGAAAACAAGAAUUUGGAUCCAAACACCGGACAAACAAUAUACGAAGACGCUACACUACCAAACCCUAAUGGAAUUGAAUUUGAUAAUCUUUAUUUGGAUAUGAAUGGUAUUAUACAUCCAUGCACACAUCCUGAAGAUAAGCCAGCUCCGAAAAAUGAAGAUGAAAUGAUGGUAGCGAUAUUUGAAUGCAUUGACAGAUUGUUUGGUAUUGUUCGCCCUCGAAAAUUAUUAUAUAUGGCAAUUGACGGUGUAGCGCCAAGAGCGAAAAUGAAUCAACAGAGGUCUCGGCGCUUCAGAGCUGCUAAGGAAACAAAUGAAAAACGAAUGGAAAUACAAAAAAUUAGAGACGAACUUUUAGUCAAGGGAUAUAUACUCCCACCUGAAAAAACUGACGAGGAACACUUCGAUUCCAAUUGUAUAACACCAGGUACACCGUUUAUGGACAGAUUAAGUAAGUGUUUACAUUAUUAUAUACACGACCGUAUGAACACAAACCCAGCUUGGAAAGGAAUAAAAGUAGUGUUGUCAGAUGCGAAUGUCCCUGGGGAAGGUGAACACAAAAUAAUGGACUAUAUUCGAAAACAAAGGGCUCAACCAGAUCACGAUGCCAAUACUCAACAUGUACUUUGUGGUGCAGAUGCAGAUUUAAUUAUGUUAGGACUUGCUACUCAUGAACCGAAUUUCACAAUCAUACGAGAAGAGUUUCUACCAAAUAAACCUCGCCCAUGUGAUAUAUGUAAACAAUAUGGACAUGAAAUGCAGAAAUGUGUAGGAYUAGGAAAUGCAAGUGGAUCGAAAGAUGAAAGCUUUAAACCGGACGUUCCCAUAAACGCUGAAGUUAGAUUUAUUUUCGUAAGAUUGAGUGUUCUUCGAGAAUACCUCAAAAAGACAUUAGAAAUGCCUAAUUUACCAUUUAAAUAUGAUUUUGAGCGUGCUUUGGAUGACUGGGUUUUUAUGUGCUUCUUUGUUGGAAAUGACUUUUUACCACAUUUACCAAGUCUUGAAAUUAGAGAAGGCGCAGUGGAUCGAUUGGUGGAAUUAUAUAAAAAAUGUGUAUAUAAGACAGGUGGCUAUUUAACGAAUUCAGGAGAAGUCAAUCUGCAACGUGUUCAAAUGAUUCUAACAGAUUUGGGUAAUGUUGAAGAUAAUAUAUUUAAAGAGAGGCAACGCCGAGAGCUGGUAUUUAGGGCAAGACAGAAGCGCCAGCGAGAAAACGAAUAUAAAGCUGAAAGUCUUGGUGUAUCCUCAUUUUUCCAACCAACAGCGGUAAAUCGAGGAGCAUCGAAUUCAAAACAAGCAUUUAACUAUAAAGAAGAAGCUGUAAAAUUGAGAACUCAAAAUAAUAAAGGUGUUAAAAGAACUGCUGCAGAAGCAGGUCUUGAUAACGAUUCUGACGAAAAUGACAAUGACGAGGUAAGAUUACACGAAGCUGGUUUCAAAAAUCGGUAUUACGAAUCGAAGUUUGAUGUUGGAACUAAUAAUCAAGGCUUUCGGUAUUCAGUUGCUUUGCAAUAUGUGCGUGGACUUUGCUGGGUUCUAAAAUAUUAUUAUCAAGGUUGUGCUUCAUGGGAUUGGUAUUUUCCAUACCAUUACGCACCAUUUGCAUCCGAUUUUGUGAACAUUACUGGCUUAUCUACAAGUUUUGACAAAGGCACAAAACCGUUUAAUCCAUUAGAACAGUUGAUGGGUGUAUUUCCCGCUGCCAGCUCUUCUCAUGUUCCAAAACCAUGGGCAACAUUAAUGUCUGAUCCAGAUUCACCAAUUAUCGAUUUUUACCCAGAGGACUUUAAAAUUGAUUUAAAUGGUAAAAAGUUUGCUUGGCAAGGAGUAGCUUUACUGCCUUUUGUUGACGAACGGAGGCUUUUUAAAGCGCUUGAGCCUUUUUAUAAAAAACUAACAGAGGAGGAAGUCCGGCGAAAUAAGAGGGGCGACAAUCGUUUAUAUAUUGGACAAUUGCAUCAUAAAUUUGAAUGGUUGAAACAUCAAUUGAAAUCACUUAAUUCUAUGGACAACGAAAUUAAGGUUGUUUUGGAUGGAAUGGCUGGAAGUAUUUUAAAAGCAGAAGAUAACAUAAAAAUCUCAGGCACAUUAAAAUCGCCAAUAAAUGGUUUACCUAAUAUAAUGUCGAACGAAAUUAUAACCUUUCGUUUUCGGGAUCCAGAAUAUGACAGUGAUUUUAUUUUUCCUGCCAUACGUCUUACUAAUGCAAUAGACCCACCAAAUGUCUUAAACUCUAGAUCAGAAGGUCAGUCUGGUCACAAUAGACCAGUUAUUGGUUUCAAUAGGAACCUCCCAACUGGACAUUUAAGUGCUGGUGGACACAGAAUGGUUCAGGCCAGUUUGGGAAGGAACUCUUAUAACAUGGGUGGAAACAAUCGGGGACAUUAUCCGCGAGGACCAAAUCCUCAACAGAAUUUUCAAUCUAGAUCUGGUUACAACAAUUUUCAAAACAAUCAUGGAAACAACUUCUCUGGUGGCAAUAAUUACAGAAACCACCAACAAAAUCCACAUAGAGGUGGUCACCAAAACAAUAGAUUUCAGAGGUAUAAUCCAUAUGGACAGCCCAACAAUAGAUUUUAAGCAUUUUAGAAAUAAUCGUAUACCUUAAUUUUGAAGAAAGAUUUAUAGACGGUAAUUGAUUUAUAUAUAUAUGUAUAUAUGAUAUAAUGUACAAAUAAAAAAAAUAAAAUAUGGC